AUGUUAGAUACAUUCACGAUAUUGACCACUUCUGGAGUUGUCCUUUGGUCCCGAUCCUACACGGCAAUUAGCCCCUCAGUAAUCAAUAACUUCAUUUCCGAUGUUUUCAUAGAAGAGAAAGCUACAGCUUUCGGUCUGAAAGAUGCCUCUUCUGCCCAACUCAACCCACCCUAUCAAAGCGAGCAGCACACCCUUAAAUGGGCCCUAGUGAAGGAAUUAGGUGUCAUCUUUGUCGCUGUAUAUCGAUCACUCCUUCACCUCUCGUGGGUCGACCAGUUUGUGGAUAAUAUUAAGACUAUCUUUGUUGGGCUCUAUGGAGAGCAGCUUAAGAAGCCUAAUACAACGCUCGUUCAGUGCACAAAAUUCGACAACUACUAUGAUCAGCAGGUUCGCGCUUUGGAAAAAGCCGGUAUACAUAUUGAGCAGGACGGCCUUUCGGAGACGAGUCUCGAAGGCCACCGGAGUAAGGAUGAUCCUAGCUCAGUCAUAUCACGCCUUGGACCUCACCGCCAAACUACCACACACAACGCCACGGAUGAGGAUCCUAUUGCUGAGAGCCCCAGUACGUCCCGACCCUCUACGCCAGCUUCAGGAAGUUUGAUGGAGCCACAGGGACUGGCAGGCAAGAUGUCAAGGCGCCAGCGUAAGAUACAGCAGGCGUCCUCCACUGCGGCGUCCUCAGGGGACGAGUCGCCAAGACGCAAGGCCAAGACCACAAAAGUGCAAAAAGGGAGGAAAUGGGAUGCCGAUGGGAUGGCUACAGAGGAUGAUGAUAUACGGCUUGACUAUUCUCUGAAGCGUGAGGCACAGGGUGAUCAAGAUGGUGACCAGGGAAAGCUCUUAGGCGUGGAGAGUGUUGCUCCGUCUACGUGGGGAGCCACGACCUCUAAAGGGCAGUUUUUACUAAAGGAUCUUGACGAUGAGGUCCAGGGCUUUCUAGAUUCUGCUCAGGAGCGCUCUAGCGUUACCUCUGAAAAGUAUAACACGUCCGGCGGCCUUGUUGGCUCUGGCCUGGUCGCAAUCACCGGCAUGUUGCGCAAUGUUGUGGGCGGAAAAGUACUUACUAAAGAAGACUUGGAUAAGGCAAUGAGGGGGAUGGAAGAUCACCUAUUGAAGAAGAACGUGGCAAGGGAAGCUGCGAUCCGACUCUGCGAAGGAGUGGAAAAGGAGUUGUUAGGAGUGAAAACGAGCAAUUUUGAGAGCAUCAACGCAAAGAUCAAGUCGGCUAUGGAGGCAUCUUUAACGAAGAUGCUCACUCCUACAUCCUCACUAGACCUGCUCCGUGAGAUCGACGCCAUCACAAACCCACCAAAAACGUCGGAACGUCAGCGUCGCCCUUACGUCAUGUCAAUUGUGGGUGUCAACGGCGUUGGGAAGUCUACUAAUCUUUCUAAGAUUUGCUUCUUUCUUCUACAAAACAAAUACAAGGUCCUCAUUGUUGCUGGCGAUACGUUCCGGUCCGGCGCUGUGGAGCAACUAGCGGUCCAUGUGCGGAAUCUGAAGGAGCUCACAUCACGUGAAGGCGGGCAGGUAGAGCUCUACCAAAAGGGAUAUGGGAAAGAUGCAGCCGCCGUGGCGAAGGAUGCUGUUUCCCAUGCUGCUAUGGAGGAUUUUGAUGUUGUCCUCAUUGACACGGCGGGUCGUCGCCAUAAUGACCAGCGGCUCAUGUCUUCUUUAGAAAAGUUUGCCAAGUUUGCCCAGCCGGACAAGAUCCUCAUGGUUGGAGAAGCAUUGGUAGGAACCGAUUCCGUCGCACAAGCGCGAAACUUCAAUACAGCUUUUGGAUCAAGCAGGACACUAGAUGGCUUUAUCAUCUCAAAGUGCGACACGGUGGGCGACAUGGUUGGUACUCUUGUCAGCCUCAUCCACGCUACUCAUGUACCGGUGCUUUUUGUCGGUGUUGGCCAGCACUACUCAGAUCUAAGGAACUUCUCGGUGAAGUGGGCGGUGGAGAAACUUCUUUCUAGCACAUCUUAA